GCCAAAAAUAUUGCCCGACCUUGGUCCAGUCAUCAUCCGGCGAUGGAGCAGCAGCAGCGGGCGGACGAGUUCACAGCGCAUGGCGACGGCCUCUGGGACGUUGACAUUGCGCAGCUCUUUAGCGCGCCCGCAGGCCAUGCGCCGGCGCUGCCGGAAUCCAUGGCCUGGAUGCACAGCAAGCAGCGCGGCGACGCGCCGCGCGCCUCCUUUGACGACGACAUGGACGAGAGCAGCGCCGGCCUCUCGAACCAAGACAUGAGCUACGAGCGCAAGAAGUCGCGCGCCAAGAUCACGCGUGUCGAAGUCAAUGCGGGCUUUGACGAGCUUCUCGCGGCGUUGCGCCUGCCCAACAGCCGCAAGAACAGCCGCGCCAAGAUCAUCCAGCACGCCUGUGAGCGCAUCCGCGCCUUGGAGGCCGAGAACGAGCGCCUAAAGCAGCAAUUGAACGCUUCCCCUGCCCACCACCACCACGCAGCAGUCGCGACGACCAGCGCCCCGCCGACCUUGCACAGCAACGGCUCGACGAUGCUCUGGAUUCCUUGCUCGAUCACGCCCCUCGUCUCGGCCGCCCACGCCGCGCCGCCGCGCCUCACGAUGCAUCUGCCAAGCACGCACAAGGCCGUCAUGCACAAGAAGCCACGCAAGGCACCCAAGACGACGACAUCGAUGGCAUCCUCCUCACCGUCGUGCAGCCUCUCGGUGCUCGUCGACACAUGCCCGCAUGUGCUCCGCUUCUUGGACGGCGUCAUGCUCACACGGGUCGCGCAGACGUCCCACGAGUGGAAGCGACGCAUCAUGGACGGCAAGCAAGCGUACCUCUGGGAAGCGCUCAUCAUGCAGCGCUGGCGCAUCCCAAAGGACGAGAUUCUGCUCCUCACGCGGUCCUUCACCGCCAUGUACCACAAGUGGAAGUACCUCGACCAGUCGAUGCUGCUGCCGCGCGGCGCGUACACCAAGGACGAGUCGGUCGUCGCCAUGGGCCGCGGCCAGGGCCUCGACCUCUGGGGCGUCCUCGCGCGCCGCUCCAACUCGCGCACGACCCGAUCCGUGUGGCGGGACGGCACGCUCUCGGUGAUGCAGAUCGUCGAGCUCCGGCUCGUGGUGCAAAACAUGUCGUCAUGUCCGGUGUCGCCGACGCUCUUGUCGAUCGGCGUCCAUCCCUUCCAGGUGCUCGACGCCUCGUACGGCAGCCACUUUACGCCGCGCUGGAUCGCCGUCAACGGCGCGCAGUGCUCGAUUUCUGACGACUCGGUCGUGCUGCACCACAUGGACUUUGGCGUCAUUGCCGUGUACGUGUCGUGCCCGCACAUUGAGUUUGAAGAAGUGUUUCUCUCGAGCGCGCGCAUGAUCCAAGUGCACUGCGGCCGCGGCGACGCAAGCGUCUCGAUCGAAGCCCAGUUCUUCAACCCGAACCGCGAUAUGCAGCGAACCAAGCACGUUCUAUAGCCUAUUGCCGCUGUACUAAUCCUAAUCGUCGUCACGUGUCCUUCCUUCCUACCUACAUACGAGGCUCACGGCGAGGAUUUCCUCGUGCC